AUGACUUCUUCAGAUAAUACCCUUGAAAGUAUCCCCGCUGAUCAACAAGGCAGCUUCUCUUCCUUUCUAAAGACCUUGGCCUCCUUCACUGGAGAUCUCUCCAGUUUGACCUGCCCAUCGUUCUUAUUGGCCCCCAUCUCAUUAUUGGAAUAUUCCUCCUUUUGGGCUGAUCAACCUGGACUCUUGAGUGCUGUCGGUAAAUCAGAUAACGCUGAAGAACGCUUCUACGCUGCUAUCAAGUGGUUCAUCUCUUCCUUGAACGGCUCUUUCUCUAGCCGUGUCCCCAAGGGAGAAUGGGAAAAGAAGCCCUUCAACCCCAUUCUUGGUGAGCAAUUCCUCUGUAAAUGGGAUGAUAAUACCCGUAUUGUUUGCGAACAAGUCUCCCAUCAUCCUCCUGUGUCUGGUUUCUACAUUGAAAACAAGGAAGCAGGUGUUAUUGUCAAUGGUCAUGACGGUCAAAAGACUCGCUUUUCAGGUACACAAAUGUUGGUGGAUCAGAUUGGCUACUGUACACUUAAAUUGACUCAACGUGAUGAAACUUACUUGUUCACACUACCCUCUGUAUCUGUCAAUGGUAUUUGGUACGCUGCACCUUAUGUUGAGUUGUACGGUACCUCUUUUGUCCAAUCCACAAGCGGAUUUGCUGCUUCUAUCGAAUAUACCACUAAGGGUUGGAUCUCUGGUGAAGUUCAUCACUUCAAGGCUUCCGUUACUCAUGAAUCGCUCUCUACUCCUACCGUGAUUGAGGGUCAAUGGACAGGUAAAUCCACUUUGACCAAGAACAAAAAGACUGAGGAUUUCCUUGAUUUGACUACUUUGGAGAAGCCCAAGCCCUUUGUCAGGCCUGUAGAAGAACAAGAUGAAUUAGAAUCUCGUCGUAUCUGGCAAAAGGUAUCUGAGGCACUCAAGGCUGGAGAUUAUGCUACUGCUUCCAGCGAAAAGUCAGCCAUCGAAAACCAACAAAGAGCUCUUCGCAAGGAACGUGAGACAAACGAAACUAAAUGGGAGCCCAAGCACUUCAACUCUGUUGAAGGAGAGGCUAUUUACGGCGAUUUGCGUGAAAAGAUCAUAGCUAGAGCUGAUUCCAAGUUUAUAGAUACUAUGGGCGAGGGUGGUUGGAUGUACAAAGAAGCUUAA